UAUCUAUCUAUGUAGGAAAAUAUACGUAGUCUUAACGCAACUACAAAAGCGUCGUAAAAAUUAGACACAUGACGACGACGACGACGACAACCGUAUCAUCAGGAUGGUCACCGUGGAAGGAUUGGCAAUUGGAAAACGCCGUUGCUGGAUCCAUCGCCGGCCUUGCCACCGUUACCUUUACCCAUCCUCUCGACGUUGUCCGUACCAGAUUCCAAGUGUAUGAUGGUCGGAACCCUAACCUCCCGUGCUACAGAAACACUCCCCAUGCUCUCUUUACUAUUGCUCGAUCAGAGGGUCUCAGAGGGCUUUAUGCCGGCUUUAAUCCCGCGGUUUUAGGCUCAACUAUCUCGUGGGGUCUAUAUUUCUAUUUUUAUAACAAUGCUAAACAGAGGUAUAUGAAGAGUCGUGACAAGACAGGUGCACGUAUUCAUCUUGCUUCAGCCGCAGAAGCUGGAGGCUUGGUAUGUCUUUUUACAAAUCCUAUAUGGGUCGUGAAAACAAGAUUACAACUUCAGACUCCUCAGCUCCAGGCUCCGCCGUAUGCUGGUUUUAGUGAUGCUUUGAAAACCAUAUUGAGAGAUGAAGGAUGGAGGGCAUUAUACAAAGGGCUUUUACCUGGACUUUUUCUGGUCACUCAUGGGGCCAUUCAGUUUACAGCAUACGAGGAGCUUCGUAAAAUUAUUGUUGAGUUUAAGGGUAUACCAAAUUCUUCCAAUGCGAAAAAUUCUGAUUCACUGACUACAUUUGAUUAUGCCGCUUUAGGAGCUACUUCUAAACUGGCUGCCAUCCUUGCAACAUAUCCUUUCCAGGUCAUUCGUUCUCGCCUACAGCAACGGCCCAGUGUAAAUGGGGUUCCAAGAUAUCUGGAUAGCAGGCAUGCUCUGACAAAAACUGCUCAGUUAGAGGGUACAAAAGGUUUUUAUAGAGGCAUUACAGCAAACCUUUUGAAAAAUCUUCCUGCAGCUUCGAUAACCUUCAUUGUGUAUGAAAAUGUUCUGAAUUUGCUAAAUCGGACAAAGAAGAACGACUGACAUGUAUUAUUAUCAUCUCUCUCGCAUUUGCACCACAUUGCUUGGCAGUUAUAUUUAAUUUUUGGGCGAGAACGAUGAUUACUAUAGCAUAGUUGUCACGAGUUAGGUACUUCUUUAGUAAUUCUUUCAGGGUAGGUAGAAAUGGGCAUAAGGCUUUCAGAGUCAGGGCAACCAACCAUUUAGUUUCAGUUUUUCAGAUGUAUAGGUAUACUUAUCUAGUGAAUAUGAUGCAUUCCCCCCCCCCUAAAUAAUAUAUUAUUUGAUGGUGUCAUAAUAUGAUUUGUGUUAUAGGA